CUUCGCACUUCCGAAAGUGUGCGGUAGGCGGCGCUGUGACCCAACGGCUAGUAGGCGGGCCCUGGCUUCCCGCAGCAAUAAGAAAAAAGGAUCGAGGAGGAACGGCGCAGCUUGAGCGCCUGCAGCUGUCUCCUGUUCUCCGGCCCGCGGGAGACACCGCCUCAUGACGGGAGCUCCAUGCUGACUGACUGCAGGACAUGGGAAUCCUCAGCAUUACUGACCAGCAUCCACUGGUCCAAGCAAUAUUCAAUCGCAACCUAGAAGAAGUACGUGCAUUGCUAAGCCAGAAAGAUAAUGUCAACGUGUUGGACCAAGAAAGACGCUCUCCCCUGCAUGCUGCUGCCUACUUAGGAGACAUCCCAGUUAUUGAACUUUUAAUUCAGUCAGGUGCUAACGUAAAUGCAAAAGAUUCGGUUUGGCUUACUCCUUUGCACCGAGCUGUGGCUUCACGCAAUGAGAGAGCAGUCUCCCUCCUUGUGAAGCACUCUGCUGACGUCAAUGCUCGAGACAAGCACUGGCAAACUCCACUACACAUCGCUGCUGCCAACCGGGCAAACAAAUGUGCAGAGACGCUAAUUCCGCUAGUGAAAAAUGUCAACCUAGCAGACCGCACAGGACGCACAGCUCUUCACCAUGCUGUGCUUAGUGGUAACCUGGAGAUGGUGGUCAUGCUUUUGAACAAGAGGGCCCAUCACAGCAUAUGUGACAAAAAAGAGCGACACCCCAUAAUUUAUGCUUCAUUCUUGGGUCUACUGGAGAUUGCAAAGCUGCUGAUAUCCCGGGGUGCAGAUGCUAUGUCAAAGGACAAGAAGGGUUACACGCCACUUCAUGCAGCGGCAUCUAGUGGGCAAAUUGAUGUGGUGAAGUACCUGCUGAAACUUGGUGUGGAGAUUGAUGAGCCUAACGCUUUCGGGAACACUGCAUUGCACAUUGCUUGUUACAUGGGUCAAGAUGCUGUUGCCAAUGAACUUGUAAAUUAUGGCUCCAAUGUCAACCAGCCCAAUGAAAAGGGUUUCACCCCACUUCACUUUGCUGCUGUCUCCACCAAUGGGGCCCUAUGUCUGGAGCUGCUUGUCAACAAUGGGGCUGAUGUCAACUUCCAGAGUAAAGAAGGGAAAAGCCCUUUGCACAUGGCUGCAAUUCAUGGAAGGUUUACACGCUCCCAGAUUCUAAUACAGAAUGGUGGUGAAAUUGACUGUGCUGAUAAAUAUGGCAAUACCCCUUUGCAUGUCGCUGCUAGAUAUGGGCAUGAGCUGCUAAUUAGCACAUUGAUGACAAAUGGUGCUGAUACUGCAAGGCGUGGAGUACAUGGCAUGUUUCCCCUGCACUUAGCUGUUCUCUUUGGGUUCUCAGACUGUUGUCGUAAGCUGCUUUCCUCAGGUCAGUUGUACAGCAUUGUGUCCUCGCUCAGCAAUGAACAUGUGCUGUCUGCAGGCUUUGAUAUCAACACACCUGACAACCUCGGGAGGACUUGCCUCCACGCUGCUGCUUCAGGCGGAAAUGUAGAAUGUCUUAACUUACUGUCAAGCAGCGGUGCUGAUUUGAAGAGGCGGGAUAAAUUUGGACGGACUCCAUUGCACUAUGCUGCUGCUAAUGGCAGCUACCAGUGCAUAGUGAGUUUGGUCACAGCUGGAGCCAGUAUUAAUGAAGCGGAUUAUAAAGGCUGCACCCCCUUACACUAUGCUGCUGCUUCAGACACCUACAGGAGAGUGGAUACACACUCUGGAACGAGCCAGGAGCCAGAGGAAGAGCUGCUGAAAGCCUCGCGCCAGAAGGAGGCUUUCUUCUGCUUAGAAUACUUGCUGGAUAACAAUGCGGACCCUUCACUUCGUGAUAAACAGGGAUAUAGUGCUGUUCACUAUGCCGCUGCAUACGGUAACAGACAGAAUUUGGAACUGCUCCUGGAGAUGUCCUUUAACUGCCUGGAGGAUGUGGAAAGCACUGUACCAGUUAGCCCUUUGCACUUAGCUGCCUUCAAUGGUCACUGCGAUGCCCUAAAAACUCUGGCGGAGACGCUGGUGAAUUUGGACGUAUGUGACCACAAGGGCCGCACUGCGCUUUACCUCGCCACAGAGAGGGGAUCCACAGACUGUGUUAGUGUUCUGACCAGCCAUGGUGCCUCACCUCUUAUAAAGGACCGCAGGAAGAAGUGGACACCACUGCAUGCAGCAGCUGCCUCUGGGAACAUUGAUUGCCUGCACCUGCUGAUUGACUGCAGCGAGAGACCGGAUAUUACUGAUGUGAUGGAUGCUCAUGGGCAAACUCCACUCAUGCUUGCUGUGAUGAAUGGUCAUGUUGACUGUGCUCAUCUGCUGCUGGAGAAAGGGGCAACUGUGGAUGCAGGAGAUAAAAAGGGGAGGACCACACUUCACAGAGCGUCAGUUACAGGCUGUGAGGAUUGCGUGGGAGCCUUGAUGGAACAUGAUGCCUUUGUGCUGUGUCGGGAUUUCAAGGGACGCACACCUAUUCACUUUGCUGCAGCUUGUGGACACGCUACCUUAGUGCAUGUGUAUUUGCAGGCUGCUCUUUCAACAGACCCACUGGAUGCAGUGGUGGAUUAUAAUGGAUAUACUCCCAUGCACUGGGCUGCUUACAAUGGGCACGAAGAUUGUUUGGAACUGUUACUUGAACACAACCCAUUUGCAUACCUCGAAGGAAACCCUUUUACCCCUUUGCACUGUGCAGUAAUUAACAGCCAAGAUGGUACGGCUGACCUACUGGUAGAAGCUUUGGGUGCCAAGAUUGUGAAUAGCAGAGAUGCCAAAGGGAGGACUCCUCUUCAUGCUGCAGCAUUUGCUGACAAUGUGAACGGUUUACAACUACUCUUGCACCACCAGGCUGAGGUCAAUGCCACAGACCUCUCUGGUCGGACACCUCUGAUGAUGUCAGCAGAAAAUGGAAGGACUGCAGCAGUUGAGUUCCUGCUGUUUCACAUGAAGGCGGAUUUAACUGUGAUGGAUAUCAACAAGAACACUGCGCUUCACCUAGCCUGCAGCAAGGGACAUGAAAAGUGUGCUUUGCUGCUUCUAGGGGAGACCCGGGACCUUGGCCUUAUCAAUGCAACAAACAGCAUGCUGCAGAUGCCUCUUCACAUUGCUGCUCGCAAUGGGCUGGCAUCGGUCGUCCAAGCUUUGCUUACAAGAGGGGCCACUGUGUUGGCUGUGGAUGAAGAAGCAGGUCACACCCCAGCCUUGGCCUGUGCACCGAACAAGGACGUAGCGGACUGCUUGGCACUUAUCCUAUCCACCAUGAAGCCUUUCCCACCAAAAGACGCCAUCCUUCCCUUCAGUUUCAACCUUCUGAAAAACUGCAGCAUCGCUGCCAAGACUGCCCUCCCUAAUGGUGGCAGCUGCCCCUACACAAAGGAUCGUCAUGGUUCUAUUGCCAUGGAUGGCUGCUACUCUGAGUAGCUUCUUUUGCCCUCUGGGUGAUGCAUCCUUACAUUUAAUUUAUUUAGGAUAAUUUUAGGGCACUUUUUUAAAGGAGAAUAAGACACAACAUACAGUGGUGUUGAGCUGCUUACUAGGCUUUCCUCCCAUUAACCUGCUCUCUUGAGCUGCCCUGGCUUGCACUGAAGCUUAUGUAGUAUUGUACCUUACUUGCGUAUGGGGUGGAGAUUCUACUUAGGUGAAAGGAGUUUUUAACUGAUAGGGUUCCCCUUUCUCCAUCUGCACAGUGAGCUGCCCUUACUAAAUGCUUCCAUGGUGUCUCUUGCAGAAGGAUAAAAGAGAGCGAGGCAUUGGUAUUUAUGAGUUCACUACAAUUAUUCAUCUCUUUGCUGCUGUAAGUUUUUUGUUUUUUUUUUUCUUUUAAGCCAUUAUAUAUUUCAAGAGUCACCAGGCCUUAAUGAAUUUCAGGCACAGCUUAGAAAGUCUGUCCCUGGAAGACUGGACCUGAUAGGCAGGUGGCGACUUGUCAGUCGGUUCAAAUCCACAGACAUGUAGCACUAUUAUACCCAUUACCUUAAAACUAUCACAGAUGUUCAUGACUGUUGCAUAACAGCUUUUUUAUUUUUUUUGCAGAUUACUGAUUAAGAUUCAGAGACAAACUUGUGCUUACUUCCUAUUUAUGCAAAACAGGUGCCUCGAUUAGCCAGUCUAAUGCAUCAGAAACCAACAUUCCCAUUAAGCACUGCUGCAAAAUACCCCCACCAGCUAGGCACUUUAGUGGUUCUGUGUUAUCUAGUGCUUUAUUCUUCCACCCUUCUUGUCUGUCAUUUCUUUACUAAAUGGUACAUACCAUAUUGUCAGUAUUUUAAUUAUUUAUUUUAACCCUUUCUGUUGUGGACAGCAUGUUUUUUUUUUUUUUUUUUUGCAUACUAGACCAUGCAAUUAGUGAAAGGGUUAAAUAUAUAUAUAUAUAUUUUUUUUUUUUAUAUCUUGUCUUUCAUCUUUGGCAUUUAGAAGUUUUCCUCAUUUUUCAAAGUACUAUUUGCACUUGAAUUCCUUCAAUAUCUAAAUCUGCACCCUUUGUAUGUGCACCUCAGUACUAGACGUAUAAUAGCAUAUAUAAGUAUUUAGUUGCGUAGGGAAUGUUUACUUUAAGAAUGUAAGAAUGGUGCUUUUGUGUUUGUGCAUUUUUAUUUAAUUUUUAAAUACAGCAAUGUAAAUCAAGUUUAUAUUUGUAUUCAGCACGAAACUAGCAACCUGAUCCAGAUCCAAAACUUGCUUUACAAUGCAAAAAGGCAUUAUUUUGAUUUGGUUAAGUAUUGCAAGUCUCAGAGACUGUUACAAAUGCUUUAGGGGACAUUGAUUUCAUAGAGAAUUACUAGCCCCUCUUUAGAUGAACUACCUUCAGCCUUCUUAGAAUUUUCUAUUAAAUUUAGUCUGGCUGUCUGUUAUAUAUAUCAUUAUAAUUAUUUUUUUUUUUUUUUUUUUUUAAAGACAUUUCAUGUUAUAGCAAUUGAAAACAUUGCCAAAAAAGGAAGCCUUGAAAGAGUAGUUUAUAAACGAGAACUUUUUGGUGCUAAAAAUGUAGUCUUUAUUGGAAUAGUGUUGCAAAAUUGUCAUUUGGGAAGUUUAAGGGAAAAUGAUUACAGAAGCUGAUCACAUGGGGGCUAAUAUAUUAACAUAGCUGCUAAAUUGCGCCGGUCAAGUUUGCCAUAGCAAGCAGUGCUAGAUUUACUUUUAGUUUCAAAUUUGUUCUUGACUUAUCAGAACUGAUUUUUUAUUGGUAGCACUGUGUAACUGCUCUCCUCAGGUACUUUAGUGGCUAUGCUAGUAAAUGAAGCCCAUAAUCUUAAUUUGCCAGAAAGUUCAUUGGAAAAAAAACAUUUUUGGGCAAUAUUUUAAUAUUAACUAAUAUUUCUUAUUUCAGAAGAAAGUCAGCAGACUUGUUAAAUUCAUAUUAGUAUGUUGCUGCCAAACCAUUAAACACAAAUAAGGAUUACCAUGUAAUUCUUCUUGAUGUAAGAAGAAAACUAAAACUUAGGAAUAUUGUCAUUGCUGUUGUGGGGGGAUUUAGUGCAAUAUCGGAGCAUGUUGUCAAACAGUCCACAUUUUAGAUUUUAAAAUGAAGUAAUUUGGGCUGGUGAUAAUAAAUUAUCCCUGGUGUUUUUUUUUUAAGUAGCCUCUUUAUUUUUAAGUUUUGGGUUUAAAGACCUAAGUAUAUUCCAAACAGAAAAAGUUAGAUAAAACACACAAUAUUAUAGCUUUAAACUGCAUCAUGCUAUGUUUAUGCAGAAUGGAUAUCUGUGUUGGUAAAUGCUUUGGUAAAAUCGCACCAGGCACUGUUGAGACUAUUUGGAAGCAUGCUGCAUAAUUGUAACUACCCCUUCAUAUACAGACACACUCAGAUGUUGCAUAAUCAUAAUCCUAAUUUAUAGGACAAAUAAGCACAGAUGGACAGGGGCUGCAUGUCAUAAUAUAAAUAUGUAACCUACAACAACCACUACAUCAGUUCACCUAUAAGCUUUAAAAAGCAUUGAAUGUAACCUUAUAAAGCAUUUUGUUAAAAAUCUCUAAAUUACAUUUGUCAGUUAACACUAGAUUUUGAUCAGUUAAAUUUUUUUUUAGUAACUUGGGCCAAGGAAAGGGAGUUGUCCUAUAAACACUGUAUAGUAGUACCCUUGUGCCACCUGUAAUUUUUAUUUGUAGCCAACACAUCAGCAUAAGUAAUAUAAUCUGACACAAUUAUUUGCUUUAUAAAUUGCUCAGUUUUGUAAAUAGUGGAAAAUAAACUGUUCUCCCUAUAUGAGACUAAACUGAUAACCUCAGAUGUGAUUGAGGUACUUUGUAAGGCCCAUGUCUCAUGCUUAGCUAAGUGCUCAUUGUUGCCCACUUUGAAUACAAAGACAUGGUGUUGCUGGAGAACUAAAAAUUGUAGAAUUGUGCCCCUUAGAGCCUGUAUACUAAGAAUUUGCAGUGCUCAUUGGCGCAUGUAGUUAGACUGCUCUGAUAAGGCAUAAUAGGGAAAAUAUACCUCCCUUUUUGAACUCAUUCAAGUUCAUUUAAAAACGAAAUACACCCCCUAAAAUUCUAAGAGCAAUUGCAGUAGGCAACCCUUAACCUCACCUUAACUAAGUAGUUAAAGGCAGAAUUGUUUUAAACAGUGCUCAUAAUUUUUGUAACUGACAUUUGAUAGUGCCUCAACCAGAUGAGAGAGACUAUUUUUCUGUUGGCAGACAUUACCUUUUGUGUUUUUGCGUGUGUUUGUGUGUAUGUUAGAUUUGCACUAUUUAUGACCUGGGCUUAAGAGUACCAUGGAAUUCAGGGGAAUAUAAAACAAAAAGCUAAGCCUUUUGAUCUUUCAGUCUGCUAGAAAGAAAAUACAUACAUUAAAAAAGUACUUGCAAGCAGACGCAUAGAGACCAUGCCACCUAUAUAGUCUGUGCAUGAUUUACAAUGAAAUGCUGUUAAUUCACCCCUUUCUUUCAAUAUGUGAAUGCAAAAGUGUUAACCCUCUUCAGUCAAAACAAAUUACCUCAGAUUGCUGUUGGUGUUUGAAAACUUGAAACAACUUCCCUGCAUCUUUUUUUCUGUAGGGAAGCCAAGCAGGCCAGUUUGCAUUAUGUUUUUGUAUGUAGUGAUCUGCACUAUUUGGUUCUUUUCUUGUGUGCCUUCUUAAAAUGUAGCAUUUGUACAUUUUUGUUUAUUUCUACAGAAGUGGGGUUGGUGCGGUUGCCUGUUUUUGUGUGUGAGAGUACAGUUAGCUGUUAGACAGUAACCCCAGAAUUCUGAAAUGAAACCGCUUUGGAGCUGAUGAAUAAUGGAAUUCAUGCUGCCAUCUUUCAUUAAUGCCUUUGCCUCAGACAAAUGCUUGGGUUCAAAGAUGCUUUCUUGUAGUGCUAAGGGCUGAGAAGUUGUAAUAAUGGGGCACACUUUAUCUAUCUGAAGGCACUAGGUCCACUGCCCUGUCUGGAUUUUUUUGUAAACAGAUCAUUAUUUCCCUCCUUUAAGAAUAGAUAAUAGUGUCUUAAUAUUAUGCUAUUGUUUUGCACAAAGUGUUAGGAGUGAAGAUAUGUGGUACUGUAAAGCUGAGUUUAGACCCACUAGCACUGUUCCUGUGACCUCAAAUCCUGCUCUUUAGUGUAUCAUAAUGUCACUGUUUUUAGAUAUUUCAUGAUAUAAGCCCCUUCUUUGGUGCUUUUUGUUGGAUCAUUUCACAAGUGUUGCCUUGUCCACUUUGUUGCCGCGCAUUGUGGUGAGGUGGAUGUAAUUUGUUUGAUAUGUGUUUGUGUUCCAUUGCACAAGUAAUCUUGCUGCCCACCCUUUCCAUUUUGCAUGUUGAGAAAAUGAGACAAUCAAAGUUCUGUCAAAAGGGCUUUUUAGCAGAUUCUCUUCUCUGGCCUGGCUUUGCUUUGCUUUUCAAGCCCUUUUACUGGUAGGGAUAUUUUGCAGCAGUUUUGCCCUUCAAUAUACUCCUUUCACCUAGAAAGCAGCGAUGUCUUGUUCUCCUUUAACAAAUCCAAUGCGUGCUUUGGCAGCACAGCUUGACAAUUCUAAGUAAUAAAUUGAGUGUUUAUUUUUCAGGGGGCCAGGCGUGGUUAAGCAAAGAAAAGAUGCAUUAUUUUGCUCUAAGAGGUGUUGUCUGGUUCCCUGAGUGCAUUGUUUACAGGGCUGUCCUGAAACUUCCAUUCCUUCCUACCCCGCCUGCUUUACCUUCAAUCCAUGCUGCCAUUCCUUUGACUUCUAUUACUCAUGGGAAUGGUUUUGUUUAGGGGUUUCUCUUAUCCCCAGCGUUUUCCUUUUUGCUUUCACACAGCAAAUUUUUAUGCCAAAGUACCCCUGUUUUUCCAUCCUUUAAUGUAGUGGGGUCCAUCCCUACAUAGUCAUUGUAAACUUGUCAUCUGUGGCAUUAUUUUGGCCCUUAACUGGAUUUUGCCUUCUGCCAUUCACUCCUAUAAUGGAAGUUUCUUUCAGCUCCUAAUGCAAAGCACUUGUGUCAUUAAUAAGCACUUUUCAUAACUCUGACUGCUGCUGGUGCCUGCAGAACAUUGCUACUGCAAUGCAGUCAAUGUCCAUGCAGCAGUAGAGGAUUAAGGUAUGUAGGGGUUUGACUUCCCAUAAGAACACAGAGUAAAUGGGGGUGGGUGGAGUGAGAGAAGUCUAUUUUAUCCUCCAUUGCUGUGCUCAUUCCUUUCGGGUAAUACCUUAGUGGAGGAGGCAAAUGCAAUGGUUAAAAAUGAAUGAGAAGGAACUUAAAGAAAAAAAAAAGGAAAAAAAAAAAAACAGCACAAAUGCAUUUCAUAUACAGGUUUACUUGCACUGCCACUGUAUAAAAGAAGGAGCUACACCUAUGUGGAUAGCUAAUGUGAGCCAUAUUGCUGAAUGUAUCCUCCGACAUGAUAUACCAAGAUAUUAAAUUGAAAUAUGGUUGCCACUUGGUUACUCAAUGGUUGGUUGCCAUUGACUUUGUGAGAGGCUUUCACAGCCAAUUAUAUAUUUUUUUGUUUUGUUUUUUAAUCUUGGUUGGGUUUUUUGUUUUUAAACAUAUGACAAUUGUUCUCUAUUCCUUGCCACACAGACACUUUCAUAUGUUCUCAAUUUAGGGAGCAAAAGUAUAAGGGUACAGACAUGCAGAGAAUCUAAUGUUUUCAGGGUUUUUUUUUUUUUUUUCUUCUUUAAAUUUUAAACCGCUAUCAGAAUUGCAUGGAAUGACUCACUGGAAACUAAGUGGUUUGAACCUCUACAAUAUUAAGCAGGGAACUGAAAGGGAAGUGUUCUGUUUUUCAUUUUUUUAAAAAAUAUUGCAAGAAAACUGGACCAAAGUAGAAACCACAUUGGUGUUCACAAAGGGGCACAGCUCUGAUUUCAACAAGACCCAUGCUGGUUUCUGACUGUUAUAAUGAAAUUUACCAUGUAUGAACACUAUAUUGUUUUAUUUUGUGUAUAUUAAUUUUACAGCAUUUGCACAAGCACACUUACUGCGUCUCUUGAUGAAUCUAGCUAAUAUUGCUACUUUGAGCCUCAAAAGCCAUGGAACCACUAGGAGCCAAAAAUAACAAAAUUGCCUGUACCCAAGUCUGUUUUAGCAAUAUGACCUGUAAAUUUCUCUCCCCUACUUUUUUACUUUGUGAACUUGAAAAUGGGAACAUUUCCAAACUGAAAUUACAAAUAGAACCUUUUAUUAAAGGAAUAUAGUGCUGCCUGCUAAUGAUCAUCCUCAAAAUCCUAAAUGAGAUGAAAUAGUGUUUUAAAUGGGGAAACUGGGCCAACUGGUGUCCCGUAGUAGAAAUGCGAGGGCCCACACCCUCCUGAAAGUGAUCUAAUAGAUUGGCCUAUGCAAUUUCAUCUUCCAGGCCUCGUAUAUGGCUAGCUUAAUGGAUAUCAAGGAAAGAUAUUCAACCUCUGAACGUAGGGCUAAUGUCACACAGGGCAUUUUUGCCCAGUGUAACACAGUCCAGUGUUUGUUUGCAAAUGAAAAAGCAUUAAACUAUAGCUGGUUGUUUAUUUGGGAUACUAGCUGAAGCAACAAAUGAGGCUAUCCCAGCAGUGCAGAGCAUUUAGUGGGAGCACAUUUAAUUUGUAAUGAAGGUGGUUAUUUGGCUUACAAUUAUUUCUUUAGGAGAGGUCAAAAUCUAGGCAGUACACCCUUGCUUACUAGAGCAAACAUUAUAUUUGUUAAAUUAUCCAAUUUUGUGCAAAAUGCUGCUGAUCUCUCACCAGUUAACUUUAAUGUGGCUAUGGUUGUCAUUUCAUAUAUUCCACAUUCUGCAAAGAUCUCUGCUUUGAAUCGGAACUCUUGUUAGCAUUUCUUGAGCAGAAUGUGCAUCCAGCUGAAUCAUUUUAAUUUGGUUUAGCAAAAUACUAAAGGUUUGAUUCAGCUCAAUACUACUGAUAAUAAACUUGGAAAGAAAUCAUUGAUUUAUUUCAGUAUUGACCAAAAACAUUAAAGGGUUGCCUCCCUUGACUAUAAUGGCAAGCAAUAUGUGAGGGGUUUCUGUACUCUAUUCUAACUUUUCACACCAACAAAAAAAAAUUUGGAUGGGGGUUUAAUAAGGGUGUAACACCUUAUGUGACUUCAUCUUCACAUAGAUAAUGUCAGCUAGCUUAGUAAUGUGUAUAUUGUCCACAACAACUGGUCUCCAGAACUAAAUAUUAGCAACUGAUAUCGCUUCCACCCCAUGGACACAUGAAAGCAUUGUGUUACAGGCAGCUUCCCAGUGCUGAGUUUAACCAAAUUAUCACAAGAAGCCAUCGAGCUAAAAACGUUUACAGGCAGCGGCUAAAAAUUGCUUGCCAAAAUGUAAAGCAUGUUUUUUAUUUUUUCUUGUUUUAUUCAUUUAUAGUCGAUGCUUGAUUUAUUUUUUUUAAUGAUUUUUAUCAUUAAAAAUAACUUUGCUUAAGUCACAAUUCUUUGAUGUGUUCUGUAGCUUCAUUGUCUGAAUAACAAAUACAUUGUGGGGAGAAUAAGAUUUUGGCUUCCAGUUGCCUACUUAAGAGUAUUCUGUUGGCUUUAUAGAGCUUAAUUAAAUAUCCUUCAAUUUAAUAUGCAAUUGUAAACUACAUGUGCUUUACUUGACCACUGUGUAUGGAUUAAAACUCCCAAAUCCUUUAUUAUUAAUGCUUAGCUCAAUUAUAAAUAUUGGGGUCUCACAGAGCAUAUGAGUUAUGGGCAGAUUUAUCAAAAUGUGGGACUAGAGCUCACCACAGAAACAUUUUACCCACUUUCCAUUUAUUCCUGUGAGAUUAUUAGAAGUGUAUUUAUCAAAAGGCAAGCUCUAGCUUUCACCCAUUGAUAAAUAUGCCUCUAAAAAUCCCAUAGGAAUAAAGAUUGUGAGAUAAGAGCUCACUACAGAGAAAUUCAUGUUACCCAUUGUUUUUAUUCACAUAAAUAUUGGUGAGAACUCAUUCCUGUCAAACAUAGGCAUCCCAUCAGUAGAAAUAAAUAUAUAAAAGAAAAAUUGUCCCAUAGUAUUAAUGUUUUGAUUUAUUUAUAACUAAAAACCCACCUACUCAGGCACUGCUGUUUAGGCACACUGGUGAUUGCUGUUAGGGAUACCCAAAUAAUCUCUGUCUUUGGGGCAGAUUUAUUAAAAUGUGAGAUUAGAGCUCACCACAUACAAAUGAAAGUGGGUGAAGUUACUCUCAAAUUUUAAUAAAUCUGCCCCCUUUGUAUAGUAUGGAAUCCCUUAUCCAGAAUGCUUGUGAAACAUGGGUUUAACUUAAGUCUACUGGUGACCAUGAAAUAAAGCCAACAGGUUUCUUUUGCCACCAGUAUGGACUCAAAAUAACUUGGGGUCAAGUACAAAAUACUGUUUUAUUAUUACAGAGAAAAAGUAAAUGGGGGGGAAAGCAUUGUUUGCCAGAAUUGGGAGACAGCCUACCUGUAAUUUGAGCUUUCUUGAUACUGAGUUUCCAAAUAAGAAAUCCCAUACUUGUGUAUGUACUUGGUUUCUCUGUUAAGAGCAUGUUCUAAGGCAAUCAACAUUCAUUUCUCAAUCCAGACACCAAAAUACACCAUUAUGAGCACUAGUGAAAUAGCUGUUUCAUCAUAUCUUGAGCACAAGUUGAUUAAAUGGAGUUAAAAUAUUCUGUUUAGAACUGAUCCUAGUGUCUAGCCUGGCAUUUAAGCAUUGCUUUGCUUCAUUAGAGCAAGGCAAUAUCGGAGGAAAUGAUUAGUGCAAGUUUAGUAUACCUUUGGGAACCUUUUUCAUUUUUAGUUUUUUUUUUCAAAGUUGUUUGCAUACAGUAGUAUUACCUACUGUGCAGAUAUCUUGGUUUACAUAAAUUUACUGGUUAUUACAGCUUUAGUUAUAGAAUGGCGCAUGACCUUUUGAUAAGUAGUGUAGAAGUAAGUUUCCAUUCAAUACAGCAGCUUUCAUAGGUCUUUAAAUCCCCUUGAAUAAGGUGUCAUUUGGGUAAAUAAUUACUAAUAGCUAGUUUCCUUUUAUUUUACUUAAUACUUUUGCAAAUAAACCAAAGUUUAGCAGGUAAAAGAUGUGUAGAUUGAGUAUUUCUCUUCCAUGUUGAAACUCUUCCUUGUUGAGUGACGCAAAGUAACAACUAAUAAUGGCGUCCACAACCUGUUGUUGUAAAACAGCAUUCCUAGAAGAUGCCCAUAGAAAAUGGUCAGGUUCUGUGAGUAAUUCCCAUGAUUCAUGUCUCCAGCAGUGAAUGGUUUAAACAUUCCUCUCUACCUCCAUUUGCACCCUGGUUGCUACUUAUGUUAUAUUUGCACAAAUCUCUGGUAACCAGUCUAGGACUUUAAUCUUGUGGCAAUAAAGCUGUAAUAAUGUUGUA